AGCCGUGGCCAUAACCUGGGAUCCCCUCCAAAAUUAGCAUCCUCGCCUCUCUGGGUCUUGGCGUUUCGCGAACAGGUGGGUUUGAGGACACGGACCGGCCUCGCAGUUUCCAAACAUGUGCGACUCCCCUCCAGGGCGGGGCAUCCCCAGCUUGCCUUCCACCAUGACGUUGCCCUCGGCGCCGGCGGGUGCCGGACCACGGCGUGGGAGCAUGCCUUUGCCCAUCAAGCACCAGCUGGUGAGGGCGUCGGCGGUGGAUGAACUGGACUCUCCCCCCAGCUCCCCCGAAGUGGGAAGCACUGGGGGGGCCAGCCCCGCAGGAGGACGCGGACCCUACAAAGUCAUGUUGCUUGGCGAGAGCGGGGUGGGGAAGACCACCUUGGCGGCCAUCUUCGGAGGCCUUAGAGGGGGCGCCCACCACGAGGAAGAGCACACAGAGGAUUCCUACGAAAGAAAUUUCUACGUAGAUGAUGAAGAGGUCACUCUAAUAUUGUACGACAUCUGGGACCAGGGAGAUCCCGGAGGCUGGAUGCAGGAAUCCUGCCUGCAGACGGGAGACGCCUUCCUGUUGGUUUUCUCGGUGACCGAUCGCCGCAGCUUCACACGGGUCCCCCCCACCCUGCUGAGCCUACGGGCAGGGUGCCCUCGAACGGACCCCCCUAUUAUCCUGGUGGGGAACAAGAGCGACUUGGCGCGAUCCCGGGAGGUCUCACGCGAAGAGGGCCGCAGCCUAGCUGUCAUGAUGAACUGCAAGCACAUCGAGACGUCUGCGGCGCUGCAUCACAACACGGAGGAGCUCUUCGAAGGCGUCGUGCGGCAGAUACGGCUGCGCCGCCGUCGGCGCGAGGGCGAUGGCUUCAACAGGGAAGGGGCCGGGGGCCGGCGCGAGAGCAUCACCAAGAAAGCCAAACGCUUCCUCUCUAGCCUCGUGCCGAGGAAUGGACGCUUCUUCAAGCAAAGGUCAAAAUCCUGCAACGACCUGUCAGUGCUAUGAGCCCCAUCGCCAGCAUGCUAGAAAUCUCUGCGACAAAAGGAAACACGUAAGACUCCCUUUACCCACAGCUGCAUCGAGCUCAGGACAGCAGCUCCGUCGACCCAGGGGCAGUUCCCAAACAUAGCAAGGCUCCCAAAACCCUCCUUGGCUCAGCUCUCCUCCCAUCAUCUUCAACGCAUAACUCAAACAAACUAUUUGCUUCUGUCCUUGGCUCCUUGAGAGGGCUUCUCAAAUGAACGAGUUUUACAAAAAAAAACACAUUUAAUAUACAGUAUGCUUUACAGGACCUGGAGACACCUACUGGUCUCCAAACUCACGUGCCUCUCACCUUUUCAAAUAUUGCUCAUGGCACUCUUGUGAGAUUUUUGUCUGCCUUUAAGGGUGUCUGUCUUGAAGGUGCCCAACUGGUACAAAAUGCUUCAGCCAAGAGACUCAGGACUUCUGUUCAGGAUUUCUGUUCCUUUCUCGUCCGUGACGCUCAGGUGCCCAUAACCUCUCAUGGGACAAGGUUUUUGUUCAAGGCACUAACUCUGGAGCGAAACGUUACGUCUACUGUAUAUGUAAACAAAUGGCCCCUAGACUCCUUGUGCAAAGCCUUAUCCGUUGUGCUACUUUGCUGUUAUCUUAGGAGGUAUUUUUAGAGGUGCUGUUUUUUUGCUGCCCUCUGCGUCCAUACAUAUACCGAAGAGGAUAUAAAAUGCUAGAGGUUUAUAGUCGUGCAGCGCAGCACGCUUUUAAGAGGUUAAAGGCACCGACUUUAGAAUGUCCCUUCCUGUAUGGUCUAGCAAACAGGAAUGCUUUGUGUUUGCUUAAAUGUUCAUCUUUGAAAAUGCAGUUAAAGGCA